AUGACUGAAAAAUUAAUGCCUUUAUUAAGAGGAAUUAAAACAAAGGAGCCCUCUGUGAUGGUUAAUACUCUUGCUGUUUAUGAAGAAAUGGGUAAAAAUAUGGAAAAGGAUGUAUUAGCAACAGAAAUUAUACCGCAUCUAUGGAAAUUAUCAAUCUUUCAAAAAUUCAUGAAAGUUAUCAAAGGAUUAAGUCAAAAAGUUGAAAAUUUGCAUUCACGCCAAUUACAAGAUAUUAGAAGCAUCGAAGAUAAUUCUAAAAAACAUUUGGAAGGUGGUAAAGGUACCAAUGACGAAAAAAGCGUUCCAGUUGAUUUUGAAAAACUAGUUGGUUCUACCGGUAGUGGUGAUAUAAAUAAUAAUUAUUCUUCAGCAGGAGGCAAUAUAGGAUCAAUUGAAAUAUCACCGGAUCCUUUUGAUAAACCAGGGGCUAAUUCAGUUCCAAUUUUUAUUUCAUCGUUAGCUUCUUCAAAUAAGACUUCGCAAUUCACUUCUAAACUAUUGCCACCAACAACAACUUCAAAUAAUAUUCAAGCAUCUUUUCUUUUAGAAUUUAAAUGGGAUGAAGUUUUACAUUUAUGGGAAGUUCUUUGGUCUGACCAUUUAUCCUCGCAGUUUCAUUUAUUUGUUGCUUUAGCAAUUUUGGACAAACAUAAAAUGGCAAUCGUUGAGCAUUUACAUCGUUUUGAUGAAAUAUUAAAGUAUGUUAAUGAUCUAUCAAUGACAAUUCCAAUUGAUGAAACUUUAUUACUCUAUGCGCGAAUGAUAACUAAAAGUUCCUCAACUCUAAACAUAAUAGCGGCAAUAACUAAUCUUCUGUUGGUGGCCUGA